AUGAGGAAGAAAACCAUUGCUAAAAGGCCUUCUCGUGAGAAAAUCCUCAAGCAUUCCUCCAAGCCAUCAACUCGCUCCCAAGACCAAACAUUCACACCCUCUCCUUCUUCUCCUACCUCUCCUCCUCGUUGUGACCCCAUGGCUCAUACCAAAAACACUCCCAGAUUCUCUGCCUCUGCCAAGCCGACGCCACCACCGAAGGCGACUCCUUCCAAGCCAGGCUCCUCAAAACCUGGUUCUUCAAAGCCUAGCUGCUCCAAAGGUAAACGUCCGGUGGCUGAGGAACCUAUUUCCGAACCAACACAACUAAAAUCCAGUGAUGCUUUGAAGUAUACUAAUGUUGGGCCUUGUGCUUACACUUCGGUUAAGUGGGAUGAAGGUGUUGGAAUUUCUUAUCAUGAUGCAUUGGCUCACAUUUGUGAAUAUAACAAAGGACCUACUCGAUCUGAAAGGGUGGUCUUAGAUGAUGAAGAUGAUGACUUUGUUCCUGAGGAUUCUCCUUCUCUUUCCACUGAGGGUACAUCCAUCUCUACUGGAAAGAAAUCUGCUUUGAUGAAUAUGGUAAAAGAUGUUGUUCAGGAGUUCGUUUCCCAAUCAAACUACAUGAUUGCGAUGAGCAAAGAGCAAAGAAAGUUAGCUAGCAAGCAUGAGAACUUCCUGAGGAAAUCAAGGAAUAGAGUGGCUGUGUUCAUGACCUUCAUUGAUAACCUACAAAAGGAUGAAGACCCUGCCAUUGAUGUUGAAGAUGAAGCUAAUUCGAAGGGGAAUGGUUCUGAUGCCUAG